AUCCUCCCUCCUUCGAUUUCACGCGGAUUUCUUCUUCUCUCCAUUUCCUCUUCUCCAGGUUCUCCUGCUCCUAAACCCAUCCAAAACCCUAGCAAGAGGAAGAGGCAGCAGCAGCCAUGGCGCCCAGCUCCCCGUCCUCCGCCGCCGCGCCCACGCGUACCUCCACGCGUAAGCGCGCCGCCUCCGCCUCCGCCUCCGCCAAGGCCACCGACGAGCCCUCCACCAAGCGCACCCGCAGGCCCAAGGCGGAGACCAAGCCCAGGAAGAAGAAGGACGAGGUAAAGGAGGAGGAGAAGCCGCCCAUGGAGGACGACGCCUGCGGGGAGGAGCCGGAUGCGGAGGAGAUGGCCUUGGGGGAGGAAGCCGAGGCCGAGGAGGCGGAGGCGGAGCAGAAGCAGCUGGACGCCCCCGCCCCCGGUGUGGCGAGGAAGCGGGUGGCGCAGCCCAGCAGGGUCCGACACGGCAGCGACGGCGACCACGACCCGGAGUUCGUCGGCGACCCCUUCCCCGCCAAGGAGGCGCGCGACAAGUGGCCGCAGCGCUACCAGCGCAACGCCGCCACCAGGAGGCCCGAUGAGGAGGAGGACAUCAAGGCGCGCUGCCACUACAGCUCCGCCAAGGUCGAUGGCACGCUCUACUGCCUCCACGACGACGUCUAUGUCAAGGCUGAGGAAGAUAAGGCCGACUACAUCGGUAGAAUUACUGAGUUCUUUGAGGGGACUGACCACUGCCACUAUUUUACCUGCCGUUGGUUCUUUCGGGCGGAGGAUACGGUCAUCUCAUCCAUAAUGAUGGAGAAUGCUGAUGAUGAAAAGCAUGAUCUCAAGCGUGUUUUUCUUUCUGAAGAAAAGAAUGACAAUGUGCUUGAUUGCAUCAUUUCAAAGGUUAAAAUCGUGUAUAUUGAUCCAAAUAUGGAAUCAGAAGCCAAAGCUCGACGGUUGGCUGAUUGUGAUCUGUACUAUGACAUGUCGUACACCGUUGCUUAUUCAACAUUUGCUAAUAUCCCACUUGAAAAUGGAGCAUCAGGCAGUGACACUGCAUCAGAUAUUUCUUCUGAUGAUGUGGAUUCUUCCAAAGGCAAAGUUGUCUCUGAUUCAGAGGCAUCUUCAGUGGGAAAGGCUACACUCCUUGAUCUGUACUCUGGUUGUGGCGGUAUGUCUACUGGGCUCUGUUUGGGUGCGGCACUUGCUGGACUCAAUCUUGAAACGCGAUGGGCUGUUGAUUUCAAUAGUUUUGCGUGCGAGAGUCUCAAGUAUAAUCAUCCAAGAACUGAGGUCCGGAAUGAAAAGGCGGAUGAGUUUCUUGCUCUUCUUAAGGGAUGGCAUAGCCUUUGUGAUGAAUAUGUCAAGAAAGAUAUUGAUUUCAGUUCAGCUGGUGCCUCAGAGAACGAAGAGGAUGAUGAUGAGCCUCUUGAAAAGGAUGAGUUUGUUGUGGAGAAACUAGCUGGAAUCUGCUACGGUGGCAGUGGUAGAGAAGAUGGCCUCUAUUUCAAGGUACAAUGGAAAGGCUAUGGCCGUGAAGAGGACACUUGGGAGCCUAUUGAGAACCUCAGGGAUUGCCCAUUGAAAAUUAAAGAAUUUGUGCAAGAAGGAUACAGGAGAAAAAUCUUGCCUCUUCCGGGUGAUGUUGAUGUCAUUUGUGGUGGGCCACCAUGCCAAGGAAUAAGUGGUUUCAAUCGGUUCAGAAACCGCAAAGAGCCACUAAAAGACGAGAAAAACAAACAGAUGGUGACAUUCAUGGAUAUUGUGGCAUACCUGAAGCCUAAGUAUGUCCUGAUGGAAAAUGUUGUAGACAUACUGAAGUUUGCAGAUGGUUACCUUGGACGUUAUGCCUUGAGCCGUCUGGUGGCUAUGAAGUACCAAGCACGACUUGGAAUGAUGGUUGCAGGUUGUUAUGGCUUGCCACAAUUUAGGAUGCGUGUGUUCCUCUGGGGAGCUCUUCCUACCAUGGUGCUGCCAAAGUAUCCGCUUCCCACUCAUAAUGUUGUUGUCCGUGGUGGUGCCCCAAAUGCUUUUUCUCAAAGUAUUGUUGCAUACGAUGAAACACAGAAGCCAACAUUGAAAAAUGCACUGCUGCUUGGCGAUGCAAUUUCGGAUUUGCCAGAGGUAAACAACCAUCAGCCUAAUGAAGUGAUGGAAUAUGGUUCUUCCCCCAAAACAGAAUUCCAGCGCUAUAUCCGGCUUAGCCGUAAAGAAAUGCUGGAUAGUUCUUUUGAAGGGAAGGAUGGUCCAGAUCUAGGCAAGCUUUUGGAUCACCAGCCCUUAAAGCUAAAUAAGGAUGACCAUGAGCGUGUGCAGCAAAUUCCAGUAAAGAAGGGAGCCAACUUCCGGGACCUGAAGGGUGUCAGGGUUGGGGCAAACAACAUCGUGGAGUGGGAUCCAGACGUUCCCCGUGUAUAUUUAUCUUCUGGCAAGCCUUUGGUUCCUGACUACGCGAUGUCUUUCAUCAAAGGGAGAUCACUGAAGCCAUUUGGGCGCUUGUGGUGGGAUGAGACGGUUCCUACAGUUGUGACCCGAGCAGAGCCACACAACCAGAUUAUAUUGCAUCCGAAUCAGGCGAGAGUUCUGACCGUAAGGGAGAAUGCAAGGUUGCAGGGGUUCCCAGACUACUACAAGAUGUUUGGCCCUAUCAAAGAGAAGUAUAUACAAGUUGGCAAUGCAGUUGCUGUACCUGUUGCUCGUGCAUUGGGUUACUCCCUUGGGCUUGCAUACCAGCGUGAGUCGGAGGGGAGCAGCCCUCUGUUCGUCCUGCCAGACAGCUUCACGGAAGUCGGGCGACAGGCGGCGCCGGCAAGAGCAUCCUCUGUUGGUAUCCCUGUUGGCGAGGUUGUUGAGCAAUAGAACACUUGGGUAGAGUAGAGUCAUUAUUUGGUUCGAUUCGAACCGAUCCGGGAGAAUGUUGUUUAAAAUCACUGAUCAGCCACCUUGGUGCUGUCAUGUGAUCACCAUCAAUGUUAUUAUUGAUUGAUUGAAUGUUGUAAGGCUGGUGGCACUCCUGCUUGAGUGCUUGUUGUACUUGUAGCAUAAGGUCCAAAACAUUCAUUCAUAUCCUUCUAUGGGCUAUCUUAUGUCUGUAUCCUGAUAGAUUGUUUGUGUUCAAUCAUCAUCUCACAUUGUAUAGGCUGCCCCUGAUAUCAUUGUUGCAUCAACCUUGUGCUUUUUUGGGGCUUAUUUGUUAGUCCCUCAAUCUGAACUAGUAAAGUUGAAGUUUGGAUGUUGAAA